CAACAAGAGGUCACAUACAACACACACAGAGACCCUCUCUCCUUCUCUUUCUCUUUCUUCUCUCUCCCAUUUCACCUUCCUUUUUUCACAACCAUUUAUGAGAUUCCUCCAAUGGUCUUUUCUUUUCCAUUGGAUUGUACAGAUUCCUAGAUGAAAUACCCAUCUUAAUCCCUAUAUUUCUUGUUCAUUUUUAGCUGUUCUUUGUGAUUUUUCUGAGACUGUAAAGACAUUAAAACUCUUCUGGGUCUCUUGGCUUUUGCUGUCUUAUGCAAACUCUCUUUCUGGGUUGUUGCAGAAAAGCCUUUGUACCCAGUAUUAUUAUUAUGCCAUACAAGGCUUGAAAAGAACAAUUAUAUAUUUUCACACAAUUUUUUUUUUUAUAAAAAAAAAAAUUAAACUUUUGUCUAUAAAUUGGUGCUUUUUUAUUUGCUACUUUUUUAUUAUCUAUUUCUGGGUGAAUUUUCUUUGAAUAUCUUUUUCUUCACUUGAGGAAAAGAGAGAGACAUGGGCAAGCAAGGGCCUUGCUGUCACUGUGGAGUUACAAGAAAGGGAAGAUAUUACCUGGACAAAGGAAAUGAAUUUACAGCACUCCUCUUUGGCGCAAUGGUCCUCCUGAUAAGCCAGUCUUGUGCAAUGCAUGUGGGUCUCGGUGGAGGACAAAGGGAACACUUGCAAAUUAUACCCCUCUACAUGCACGGGCGGAACCUGAUGAUUAUGAGGAUCACAGGUAUUCCAGGGUGAAAAGUAUAUCAGUAAAUAAGAACAAAGAAGUGAAACUGCUCAAAAGAAAGCAAAAUAGUGAUAAUAUGAUGGUUGGAGGGGGUGCCCCCGAUUACAACCAGGGUUUUCGUAAGGUGAUAGAUGAAGAUACAAGUAAUAGAUCAAGUUCUGGCUCGGCCAUUUCUAACUCGGAGAGCUGUGCACAAUUUGGCAGUGCAGAUGCAAGUGAUUUGACAGGUCCAGCUCAGUCAAUGGUGUGGGACUCAAUGGUGCCUUCUAGAAAGAGGACCUGUGUGAGUCGUCCAAAGCAAUCUCCAGUUGAGAAGCUUACAAAAGAUCUUUUUACAAUUUUACAUGAACAACAGUCUUCAUAUUUCUCUGCAUCUUCUGAAGAUGAUCUGCUUUUUGAGAGUGAAACACCAAUGGUCUCUGUUGAGAUAGGACAUGGAAGUGUUCUCAUUAGGCAUCCCAGCUCAAUAGCUCGAGAAGAGGAAUCUGAAGCUAGCUCACUUUCGGUUGAGAACAAACAAUUUCCAUCUAAUGAGGCUUAUUCCCACUAUUCAAUCACUUCUGUACAUAAUGGCAGCAAAGGUGUCAAUUUCCCAAGUCCUGGGGUUGAAAAAAUUAAGAAUCAUGCUGGACAAGGGAUGCAACCAGAGCAUCUUAAAAGGGACAAGUCUCAGAAUGAAAACCUACAAAUCCUGGCCAGCCGUAAUUCACCACUGUGUAAUAUAGAUUUGAAUGAUGUUCUAAACUUUGAGGAGUUAAUGAGAAACUUGACAAAUGAAGAGCAACAGCAAUUGCUGAAGUAUUUAUCUCCAGUUGACACUCUUAAAGUUCCUGAUAGCCUCAAAAGCACUUUUGAUAGCCCUCAAUUCAAGGAGAACUUAAUUUACUUUCAGCAAUUGCUUGUGGAAGGGGUAUUUGACAACUCCUUCUCAGGAGCAAAAUCUGAAGACUGCAAGAAUUUGAAAAGGCUUGCAAUAUGCAAUUCGUCGAAGUGCAAAUGGGUUGAAAGCUAUCAUCUACUUAAGCUGCAGAAAUAUAAAAAUAGUUCCGGAGGAUCCGUUUUAGGACCCAAUGCAACUGCCUCAAGUAAUUUCAUAAAUGUCAAGAGAUUUCAUGACAGCCAAAGCCAAAAUCUUCCAGAAGUGAAGACUGCAAUGAAGUGCCCAAAAAGGAUGAUUGUGAAGGCUAGCUAUGAGAACAAGGAACUCAUAGACAAUGAUAGUUCUUGCUUUAGUCCAAGAAGCCUAUUUGCUUUGCCAACUGAAGGUAGCUCCCUCAUGUUGGAUUCUUUCAAUUUUGUAGAAGAAAAUUCUGAUCAGGAUCUGCUGCUGGAUGUGCCAUCCAAUGGCUCUUUCCCACAGGCAGAGCUCCUUCACCCAUCUUUAAGUUUUGAUGGCCAACAGGCAAGCACUAGUAGUAGUUCAAUAUACCCACAUCUUGUCCGUCGCUGACAAUGUAAACGGUUUCCAAUCACUAGGGCUAUAUUGUAGGUAUGCCUUUGAAACCUGUGACUUGGAUUCACAUAUUUUGAAUGGUAAACGGGAAGUCUGUGAAUGAGGUUUGCUGGUUGCUCCUUAUUUCUUUUAUCCUUUUUGAACUUGGAAUAGUAAGGGUUGAAUUUUGUGGGCUUUUUGUAUAGGUUACAGCAGAUUGUAAUAUAUAGCUCAUAAUACGGAACUGGUAAUUCCAGAGUUUUGUAUGCAAUUUUUAGUUUUUGUCU